AUGACGUCGAGGCGUAGGAGCUUGCCGAACAACAACUUGACCGAAAUCAUCGGCCAAGACUGGACGAGCAUGUCUUUACUGGUUCUGUUCGAAAACCCGCUGCAUACCUUUGCUUUCGUUGAGCUCUCGAGUGCGUUCACGUUUUUCAACUGCGAACAAUGCAACCUGACCAACUUGACCGUGUCGCACUCGACCUUUGAUGUGCUCAAGCAGCUCCCGCAAUGGAACGGCGGCGACGAAAAGUUCUAUGGCUACACCAUGGACCACUCGGUGCACCCGGACGCCGUCGCAUGCAAUGCCCUCAACGGGUCGAUCAAGAUGCUCUGGAAGACCUUCACGGAGACCAUCAACGCGUGCGUGAUUCCAGACGCAGUGGCCCCCUCGCCACCGACAGACGCCAACGCAGACUUUCGGCUUGGCAUGUACUGCGGCAUUGGGGCAACUCUUGGCGUCCUGCUGGUCGUCCUUGGUGGCGUGCUGCUCUGGCACCGACAUCGAUCGGCGUCAUUGCACGACGUCGAGCACACGCAAGAUACGGCCACCGAUGCGCACAUGCCGUCGCAGCCACGCCGCCGACGCCCACGGCGCGCCUUCCGCGAGCGCGAGGUUGGCCCGGAGCUUGACAUUGCCGCCCUUCGGCCGUACAAGCUUGCGUUGCACGACCUCACAACCGUCUCGCAGCAGCCGCUUGGUGCAGGCUCGUUUGGCGAAGUCUGGCUCGGCCGCUACAAGACGCAGCUCGUCGCCAUCAAGCGCGUCACGAGCAAAAGCAAAAAGCAUGUUGCAAGCUUUAUCGACGAAAUCAAGCUCGUCGCGAGCCUCGACCACGACUGCAUCGUCGCCUUUGUCGGCGCGAGCUGGCGCCGGCCCAUUGACGUCGAGUGCGUGAUCGAGUACAUGGACGAAGGCGACCUCCGUUCGUACCUUGGCAAACAUUCGUCCGCAGUUUUUACGUGGGACGCCAAGCUCGACUCGAUUGCGAGUGUUGUCAAGGGUCUCGUUUACCUCCACAGCGGCGACCCGCCGAUCAUCCACCGCGACCUCAAGUCCCGCAACGUCCUCCUCGACGCUGUCAAGGGUACCAAGCUCACCGACUUUGGCGUCGCACGAGGCUGUGACGACGACGACGACGUGAUGACCAACUGCAUUGGCACGUACCAGUGGAUGGCGCCCGAGAUCAUUCUCGGCACCUUUUACAAUACGUCGGCCGAUGUCUACUCGUUUGGUGUCUUGCUCUCCGAGUACUCGACCCACGACGUGCCGUACGCCAACAUGGUCCACCCCGCGUCGCAAGCGCCCUACUCGCUCCAAAACAUUUUGAGUUUGGUCGCCACCGGCAGCCUCCGGCCGCGCUUUGAGACGACCGAGAUGCCGCGAUGGCUGCUCAAGCUCGCGCUCGCCUGCAUGGAAGGCGCGCCCGAAGACCGCCCCAGCAUGCGCGAGAUCCACAACGUCUUUGUCGAGGUCCAGCAGACAGGCCAGCCGCCGCCGAGCCUGCGUGUGCACUACCCACUGGUGUAA